GUUCGAUUCAAAAUAAAGAGUGAGUGUCACGGAGUAGAUGUCAAAAUACUGGACUCACCAACACUAAGACACCAGUUUCUCGAUUAUUUAUUUUGAAUUUAUAUUAUUUACGAAGGCGACACAAGAAAAUGUUUCCACAUUUAUCCAGCUGGAGAGUUAAUUUAACGCUGCUACAGGAGGUUGCCAAUAAAGAGCUCCUCUCUAUUUUGGACAAAUGUGAAGGGACAAAAGCCAUUGUCUGGGAUGAUUCAUUAUCCGGUCCCGUAGGUCUGAUAACCAAGUACACAUUUCUGAAGGAGCGAAAUGUCAUCAAGAUGCUGCCGCUUCGUCCCGGCUCCCUAGCCGACAUAGAUGUCAAACAUAUUAUCUUCAUUACACGCCCCAAUUUAAGGCUGAUGGACUUUAUCGCUGAAAAUGUUCAUCACGAAGAGAAACGAUCGGCGAAGUCGAGAAAGGAAUUCCAUUUGUUUUUCGUGCCAAAGAUAUCGAUGUUGUGCGAGAAACACUUGAAGAUACGAAAAGUCUACGGAAGUUUUACCAACGUCGGCGAAUUUAGAUGUGAAAUAUUUCCGGUGGACAAUGAUCUGCUGUCGAUGGAGUUGAAAGACUGCUACCGGGAACUGCACAUUGAUGGAGAUCCGACUAGUCUGUACAUAGCUGCAUCUGCGCUGGUUUCACUCCAAAAACUUUAUGGUCGAAUACCGAAAGUGUACGGUAAAGGCAUCUUUGCACAAAAGGUAUGGGAUCUGACCAAACAAAUGGGCAAGGAGGAGUCAGCAAUUAUGAAUUCGGACAAGGGUGCAAUCGAUCAGGUUAUUCUGUUGGACCGAUCAAUAGAUCAAAUGAGCGUCUUAACAACCCAGUUGACCUACGAGGGCUUGAUCGACGAAAUAUUCGGCAUUAAUCAAUCAACAGCACACUUUCCUCCCGAACCGUUCGUCAGCAAAUCUGAAGACCCAUUUCAAACCGGCAUGUCAUCGGCUGACAAAAAAUCGAUUGUUCUGAAUUCCAGCGAGGAUUUGUACACCGAACUGAGAGACAAAAACUUUGGCGCUAUCGGUCAGAUAUUGGCCAGACAUGCGAAAUCAGUGGGAAGUCAAUUGGACGAACGGCAUGGUAAUAAAUCGGUGCAAGAAAUGAAACGGUUCGUCGAACGAUUGCCCAAUAUGUUAGCCGAUAAACAGUCGGUGGCUACACACACCACCAUUGCUGAAAUGGUGAAAGACACGACCGAUUCGUAUGACUUCCGCGACGAAUUGGCCUGCGAACAAGAGUUCCUUUUGUGUGCCGAUCUGGACAAAGCCAGCACGUUUAUCGAAGAUUUAAUUGCGAAGGCUGCACCACUAAAGACAGUCAUUCGGUUGAUUUGUAUGCAAUGCAUUGCUGGCUCUGGAUUCAAACCGAAAGUGCUGGAGUAUUACAAGAGAGAAUUGGUACAAGUCUACGGAAUCGAAACGCUUCUCACAAUAGGAAAUUUAGAACGAGCCGGGCUGCUUAAAGUGCAGAGCGGCACUCGAUCGUAUGGAGUUUUGAGAAAGAUGCUGAACUUAACGGUCGACGAUGCCCUGGAAGUCGAUCCGAAAGACAUAAGUUACGUGCAUUCAUUCUACGCUCCACUCACCAUUCGUAUCGUUGAACAGUCCCUCAAACCAAUGGGUUGGCAAUCGCUGAAUGACAACAUUGGAUGUCUGCCCGGACCGGCAUUCGAGGAUUUUCAAUUAGCAUCGCAUAACAUCAGCAAUCGGCGUGGAUCGUUAACCAGCGAAAUAUCGCAAAGCGAUCAGCCGAAAGUGAUUUUGGUGUUCUUUUUGGGUGGAUGCACGUUCGCCGAAAUUGCGGCGUUACGGUUUCUGUCGAAACAGGAGGACACGAAUGUUGAGUUCGUCAUAGCUACAACCAAAAUAAUUAACAAAAAUACAUUUUUGGAAAUGUUAAUGGAACACGGGAAAGCCGACAGCUGGUAGGGACGGUUGUAGUUUCGGGUUCUGUUUUUUUUUUUAUUACAUUGUACGUGAUCACGUAAUUAUAACUUUGAUAGUUGGAAUGCAGAGAAA